AUGUCUCAUUCUAUACUUGUGUACCAGUAUGUCUAUGAAUGUAGUAUAUCUCCUUCUUCCUGUAUUCAGCUAAGUACUUCAGUAAGGGCUGUGCUCCUGGAUUUGAGAAGAGGUCUCCCUUCUGUGCCCAGUGUAAGGGCAGUGGGAAGGCCGUGGGAGAUGAGGACAAGUGCAAAGCUAAUGCUGAUGAGCAGUACUACGGCUACGCUGGAGCCUUCAGGUAGGGGGCGCCACCACAAUGGUGGAGUCAAUAGUGGAGCUGAUAGUUGAGUCCUUCACCAGGAUCUAUUGUAAUAGUGAUGGCGGACUAUAGAAAAUAUAUUUGUUGACCUAUAGUACAUUUCUCACUAUCUUAAAUAUCUAAUGGUCUGUCUUGAUAUCUCCUUCCAGAUGUCUGGUUGAAAAUGCUGGAGAUGUUGCCUUCAUAAAACACACUAUUGUACCAGAGAACAGCGAUGGUAAGUGUGUCUGCUUUACACGUCCUACUGCUCUCUCUCUGUCUCUCUGUCUCUCUGUCUCUCUGUCUGUCUGUCUGUCUGUCUGUCUGUCUGUCUGUCUGUCUGUCUGUCUGUCUGUCUGUCUGUCUGUCUGUCUGUCUGUCUGUCUGUCUGUCUGUCUGUCUGUCUGUCUGUCUGUCUGUCUGUCUGUCUGUCUGUCUGUCUCAUCCUCCUGAAUUUCACUCCUCCUCUUUUGAUCUUCUCUCUCUCCUAUAGAUGAAUCUGUACUCAUCGUUAUUUCUCUAUCACACAUUUUCUGUGGCUCUCUGUAUCUGUGGCUCUCUGUAUCUGUGGCUCUCUGUAUCUGUGGCUCUCUGUAUCUGUGGUUCUCUGUAUCUGUGGCUCUCUGUAUCUGAACAGCGAUGGUAAGUGUGUCUGCUUUACACGUCCUACUGCUCUCUCUCUGUCUCUCUGUCUGUCUGUCUGUCUGUCUGUCUGUCUGUGUGUCUCAUCCUCCUGAACUUCACUCCUCCUCUUUUGAUCUUCUCUCUCUCCUAUAGAUGAAUCUGUACUCAUCGUUAUUUUCUGUGGCUCUCUGUAUCUGUGGUUGUCUGUAUCUGUGGUUGUCUGUAUCUGUGGUUCUCUGUAUCUGUGGUUCUCUGUAUCUCUGUAUCUGUGGUUCUCUGUAUCUGUGGUUCUCUGUAUCUGUGGCUCUCUGUAUCUGAAAAGGAAGUCUUCAACUCCCUCCUUUCUCUCUCUCUCUCGCCCUCCAUCCUUCCCUGUAGGUAAUGGUCCAACUUGGGCAAAGGGCCUUAAGUCCACUGACUUUGAACUACUCUGCCAGGAAGGUACCUCCCAGCCAAUCACCAAUUUCCGUGAUUGCCACCUGGCCAAGGUGCCCGCCCACGCCGUGAUAACACGCCCAGAGACCCGCGGAAUGGUGGUGUCCUUCCUUCUGGAGCAGCAGGUGGGUGUUAAGACUUAUAGCCAGAUCUGUUUCUGGUUAAGACAACUCAUUAUUCAGUUUAGCCAAGGAUAAGCAACUCCAGUACUAGAAGGCUACAGUUUGUAAGGUUUUGUCCCAGCCCAGCACUAACACACUGGAACAUAAGCCUGCACAUACUGUGGCCUUCCAUUUUUCCCAUUUCCACCCAUGCUCUCCAAGCUGAUCUAAGAUCAGUUUUGGGGAUCUAUUAAAUACACAUUUAGUGUAAGAAAGUCUAAAAUAUAAUUUUUUAAAGGUUUAUCAUUAAUCUAACCACCAAGUAAAUAUUUUCUCCCUGUGUUUAGGCCAAGUUCGGCUCUAGUGGCAGCGAUCCCUCAUUUAAGAUGUUCCAGUCGUACAAUGGAAUGAACCUGCUCUUCAAGGAUAAUACAAAGUGUCUCCAGGAGAUCCCAAGAGAACGCAACUACCAGGAUUUCCUUGGGGAAGAGUACAUGAUCGCCAUGCAAUCACUCAGGAAGUGCUCUGACAGUACCUCA